UGUUCCUUAUAUUUAUGUAUGUCUAUUAUAAAUCCCCAAAAGGUGCAAACCUAUACUGUUUUGGGAUGUUUCAGUGUUUGGCAUGUGUAAAGGUUUAUGUGUUUCAUGAUAAUGAAUUUGCCAAAUGGAGGGAGAAAGUGGGAAAUGAUGUAAUUUACGUGCAUCAAAGACAAUAGUACAGUUAGGAUAAUUUACUGAUCAAUUCAGUGACAUCCAAUGUACAUUAUUUUAUAUGAGUGUUAAUAUUUGGUAUGUGUGAAUAAUUAUUUUUCUUUUGUUUCAGUGAUCAAUUUUAGUGAGAUCCAAUGCACAUUAUUCUAUAUGAGGCAAAUAGUAGUUAUGUUUAAGGUGUAAACCUAUACUGUUUUGAGAUGUUUCACUGUUUUACAUGUGUAAAGCUUUAUGUGUAGAUGAUACUCAAUUUGCCAAAUGGAGGGAGAAAGUGGAAAAUGAUGUAAUUUACAUGCAUUAAAGACAAUAGUAUAGUUAGGAUAUUUUAGUGAUCAAUUCAGUGACAUCAAAUGUACAUUCUUCUAUAUUAGUGUUAAUAUUUGUUAUGUGUUAAUAAUCAUUGUUGUUACAGUGAUCAUUUAAAGGGACAUUCAAUGUACAUUAUUCUAUAUGAGGGUAAAUAUUAGUUAUGUUUAAUUAAUUUUUUUUUGUCUGCAGAAUAUGUUGAGUGUGAGACAUCUGAAUUGAUACACAAAGAAGUUGCCAACGAUGAAGAAGCUUACAAAUUAUACAAUGAGUAUGCAUUUAAAUGCGGAUUUGGUAUCCGGAAGGGCAAAGUUUGUUGGAGAUAUGAAACAAAGACAAUCAGACAACGUUUUUUAGUUUGUAGUCGGGAAGGAUUGAAAGACACAAAAGGUGGUGUGCCUAAGGUAUGUGUUAUGUUUUGUGUGGUUUAAUGUAGGUCAUGACAAUAUGUACAUAUAAUUUAUAUAUAACUAAAAGCAAAUGUUCACUGGAGUAUACUUGAGGUGUGGUGAUGAUAAUAUGUACAUUAGUAUAUCAGAUGUUAUUAUAUAUAGUGGUAAAAUUAGUAUACAUUAGUUUGUUUUUUUUUUUUUCAAAUCAUAGUGUUUAAAAAAACAAUGCGGAUGUUCAUUACUGCAAAGACAAUGUUCACUAGAAUAUACAUGAUGUUCUUCUUGGCAUUGGCAUUCACUAAGCUUGAUCAACGUUGUGGAUGUAAAGCGUUUAUUCAAUUUGAUGUAUCCAAAGACUCUGGAUUUUUUAUUGUUACUAAGCACCAUAUGAUUCACAAUCACCCCAUGGUGCCAUUGAAACAAAGACAUUUAAUAAGAUCUCAUAGGAAAGUGACAGUUGAACAAUUGCAUAUGAUUAAUAAUUUGAGAAGUUGUGGAGUGGGGGUUGCUGAAGCUGUGCGUGUAUUGAGGGAGGAAACGGGGGGAUCUCCAAAUCUUGGGUUUGUGAACAGAGAUGCUUAUGAUGCAGUUGCUACUCAAAGAAAGAAAGAACUUGAUGGUUGUGAUAGUAACCAACUGAUAAAGAACUUUACGCAAAGACAAGCAGCGGAAUAUGAUUUUUAUUAUGACGUUCGACUAGAUGCUAUAGGGCACUUAAUAAGUUUUUUCUGGAGGGAUGGAAGAAUGAGAAAGGAUUAUGAAGUGUUUGGAGAUCUAGUUGUUCAUGAUACGACGUACCGCACGAAUAAGUAUGGGAUGAUUUGUGGUCCGUUUGUUGGGAUGAACCAUCACCAAAGGAACGUGAUGUUUGGUGUUGGUUUCCUAUUGAACGAAGACACCGAUUCUUUUGUGUGGUUGUUUGACUCGUUUUUGAAGAGUAUGGGAGGUAGGUCACCGAUUACCAUUAUGACUGACCAAGAUGCUGCGAUGGCGAAGGCUAUAAGCAUUGUUUUUCCCAAUGUUAUACAUCGUCUGUGUAUAUGGCACAUCGGGAAAAAUUCCAUCAACAAUAUAAAAGGUUUGAGGGGAAAGGCUGGAUUUGUGGAUCUAUUCAAUUAUGUUCUAAAACAUUGUGAGACCAAGAGUGAGUUCAAGCACUACUGGACAAGUAUGAUUACCAAGUACAAGUGCGCUGCAUGUCCUUGGUUGAUUAGGUUGUACAAGUUAAGGAAGAUGUGGUGUCCAGUUUACUCCAAGGAUUACUUCUCAGGAGGGGUGCUGUCUUCUCAAAGAAGUGAGACUACAAACCAUUCCUUGAAUCAAAGGCUUCAUAGCAUGCAAGGCCUUUGUGAUUUCUACAAGGUUUUUAUAGAUGUUGUUGAGGAAUGGAGGGAUAGGGAGAAUGGUGAAGAUUACAAUGCACUUAAUGACAACAAACAUCUAGCAUUUGUAGAUGUUAAGUUACUAAAUGAGGCGAAGAAGAUAUACACUGUGGCUGUGUAUUUGACGUUUGAGGAAAAUUUCAUAAGAGGUGCGUCAUUUUGCCAGAAACUAGUCAAGUAUGACCCCCUUUCUUUGAAUACCAUGUGGGACGCACUGAGAAAGAAUAUCUAAUGCAUCUUGUUAGAUAUGACCAAGAAAAUAUGACAAUUGAUUGCACAUGCAAGUAUUUCACUGAGAUGGGUUUAUUGUGUUCCCAUUCAUUGAGGAUUUUUCACAUACAUAAUGUUGAAAAAAUUCCCCAAAGAUACAUUUUGGGUAGAUGGGCAAAACAUGCUAUGUGUACAAGAGUUGAUGAUGACGUUGGGAAGGAUGUAAACAUUGUUCAAGCGUCGGUGUGGCGUGUUCAAACUACAAGGGAUGCUUUAUCCAUAAUUAAUUCAACUCAACAUGACAUAGCUGCUAGGAAAGUUGUGGAGAAUGCUUUAAGUGAUUUGAAGGCAAAGGUUGGGUUGCUUAUUGGGAAAGUUGAUGAAUCAAUCACCAUUGAUGACGUGCAAAAUUUGUUAUAUCCUGUUGUUAAAGAUCCACCUAAGAAGAGGAAGAAAGGAACUAGAAAUGUAAGGUUGAAAAGCACUGUGGAGAAGCAGGUGAACAGGUUAAGAGGGUGGAAGAAAACUGCUGAGAAAGCUGCAUUGAGGAACAAGGCAAAAGCGCAAAAAUCUGUCCAGGAAUACAUUGAUAUCCCUGAAGAAAGCACUGUAGCUCACUCAACACAGAAUAAGUCUCUUCUUGAUGUGUAUGGCCCUGAUGAUUAUUUCCCUAUUAACCACAUCCCUGGGGAAGGUAGUAAAGUUGAGCAGCCGCAUCACAAAGCCGCCUUGGAAGUGUACCACGAAUAUUCUGAGAAGCUGUUCGGUAAUUGAGAGGCGAUAUUUUGGUCACCUAACAUGAAUAUUUUUGAUGAGCUUUUUGGGAAAUGAAACGUAGUCCACCAUGAAUGAGUUGUUGAUACACUUUUGUAAUGGAUGUAGCUCAUUCAUGUUGUACUUGGUCCAAAACACCCAAAAAACUCCUGAUUAUAACUUGGAGGUAUUGUUAACUUAUACAAUG